AUGGCGUCCUCUUGGGAUGCUGCUGCUGCUUCUGACGCGCAGUCUGGCCCUGCUUUUCUGUCCCGCUUGUCCCCAGACACGAGGGAGAAGCUGCCCCUGUUUGCGAAGCUGGUGCAGUCCGUGUGCCAUGACCGCGCGGCCCAGGUGAGGAGGGCAGUGCUGCAUUUCAUUGGGGAGCUGCUGCGCUCCAGUGCCCUGGGCUGCUCGGCGUGGGACGUGGUGGGGCACCUCUUCAGCGAGUUCAGCCGGGCCUCGGGCAGACUGGCAAUGGGAAACCUUAGCAUGGUGAAAGCGCGGGAAGAAAGGGCUGUUCAGAGCCUGUGCGCCCACGUGCUGGGCACGCUGGAUGUCUCUGCCGGAGCGGUGGCCAAACUCCUGUGGCCGAAGCUGCUGUGGUAUGUGGUGCCAGCCAAGUACACGGGCAUGUUGGUCCCGCUCUGCCGCUGCCUGCGCAGCCUGGCCGAGAGACGGGACAGGGCAGAGCAGGAGCAAGAGGAGGCGGCGCCUGAGGCCCUGGAGUCUGAGGAGCCAGCCGCUCUGCCAGCUCCCCAGGCCCUGCUGGCUCGCCUGCUGGUGAGUAGCGGGGCCCCGGGGAAAGAACUUUUGUGGCUGGGGCAAGGGCAGAGGGCAGGAGAGAUGGUGCUGAGGCCGGUGGUGGCGGCAGUGGCUCCACACACGGGCGGUGGCCGUGGAGCCGCGGCCCUGCAGCUGCUGCAGGCGCUCCCCGGCACGAUCCACGGAGCCGUGGGGGCGAAGUGGGCCGCAGACAUCCCCCUGCUGCUGCAGCACCUGGCAGGAACAACAGUGAGCUCCCUGGACGUGGCCGAGUGGGAGAGCCUUCUGCUGAAGUUCCUGCAAACCUCUCUGGAGCUCAUUGCGAGCGAGGCCUGGACCGUGGGCCUGAGCCAGGAGCUGAGCCGGCAGCUGGGCAGCUCUCCCCACCUGUCCUGGGAGAAGCGGUUCCUGUACAAGGCUCUCGGCACGGCCCUGGCAGCUUGUGGGUGUCUCCACCACGUGCAGGAGCAGACCUUGGAGCACCUGAAAGCAGCCAACUUCCUGGAGCUGUGGCAGGCGCAGGGCAUGGUUUCAGUUGUGUCCCGCUGUGCCGAGAGCCACUUCCAGCUGGCCUUGUCCUUGGUGAAGGAGUUCACGGGGACUUUGAAACGCAAGAAGAGCAAGGCAAGAAGGACCCGCGCUACUCGCGCUGCGCUGCUGGUGAUGUACGGCCGGAUGGCGCUGCGCGCCCCCAGGGAGCAGCUGCUCGCCCGUGUCGAGAGAGACGUGGUGGCGAAUGUCCUGCAGCUCUACCGAGAGGGCUGCCAGGAUGCGCAGCUGAAGCUCUCCCUGGUGCAGAGCGUCACUGAGAUCAGCCUUGCCAUCCAGGCUGCAGGCGCCGGCCCCAGGUUUGAGCUCUGCUGCAAGCGGGAGCUGCUGCAGACCCUGCUGGAGGUGAUUCAGGAAGAGCCCCAGGAGUCCCCGGUGCACCCCCGGGCCCUCGUGGCCAUGCAGCAGUUGAGCAAGCUGAAGCCCCGUCUGAGCAGGGAGGAAAACCGCCACCUCCUGGCUCAGUGCUGCCAGGGCAUCGUGUGCCUUCGUCGCCCGGAGCAGAUGGACAGGAGAGGGCAGACGGCGGUUGCUGCU